AUGGCCGCGCGGAACGCCUCAGCUUUCCAGUUCACGAUCUCCUCAAUCGACCACGAAUUCUGGAAGGACUUCAGCAAGGCGGAUGGCACGUGGCUGUACGCGCCGCUGACGUCCUUGGGCCUAGAUCACGAGUUCUGGAAGGAUUUCUCCGAGGAAGACUGCACCUGGCUCGUUCCUGUGAAGGUCGCAGUUUCAGCAGCCAAGGGAACGCGUGCAUCUGCAGCUGCACCAGCCAAGGCUGCUGCUGCUAGAAGCGUUGCUGCUAAGCCUGCAGCUACAGCAGCUAAAGGAGCGCCAGCCAAGGCCACUCAUGUGACGCCUGCUGCUGCUAAGAAGGUUGUUGUUGAGAGCAGCCCAGUAGGGUCGAUGGCAACAAAAGCAGCAGCAGAGAAGGUGAGGGAGCAGGGCAAUGGGAGGGCAGCACAUACGGCGGUGCGUGCAGCAGCAGGGAAGGCGGCGUUGGGAGGGGUAGAGGCAGCAGGAGGGCGAGCAGGAGGUGCGGGGUGGGGUUCAGGGCGUGGUGGCGGUGGUGCGAGUGGCAUCCGUGAGCCUGGGCAGAGCAGGGCAGCGACACGGCUGCAGCAGCUAAGGGAGUGCAGGCUGCGCCUCACAGCACUCGUAAAUCAGCUGCUCCAGCAGCAGCAGUGCCCGCCACUCGCAUUCCAAAGCCACGCACAGCAGCACCCCUGGGAAGAAGUGAACGCCGCACACUGA